AUGUCUCGAGACAAGUUCCAAGACCGUUUGGCUCAACCACCACCACGCCAGUCGUGUUUAGAUGUGGAAGAUGACACUCCGAUAUCCGUUCCUCCUCCAAUUCCUACCAGUGGCCUUCAACGAUUAAGAACUGCGGUAGAACUACCACCAUUGUCUGCCUGGACUCCCUCGUCCUCACCUACACGAGCCUCGACAUUUCUACCCUUUUUACGCCCUCAAAGCACUCGCACAGUAUCCCCAGAGAGAGUUUCUGUCGCAGAGACCGCUGAGUCGAGUGUCUCAGCCGAACUGUCAGUCACAAAGAGAAGACCAACAGGAGCCGUAGAGAGGCUGGCAAGUUGGUUUGAAGGAAGUUCAGAACCAGUCAACAUAACACUAGUUCCAUCCCCGAGGAAAGAGAAGACAGACCCUCUCGUCGAGACAGAGACGAUGGACGCUAUAUUCUCUGCUGGUCACAGUUCCAAAGACAAUUUCACUCGCCGAUCCCAGGAGAGGCCCACGAAUGCGAGCACUUCGAGAUUCAGCUUCUUUCGCAAGUCCACGGUGUCACUACCGCACGAGACCCUGGGAGAAGAUGAACUGGUGAAUAUGAACGUUGAGCAGGCGCUCUACCCACAUGGACGCCCAGAUGAAUACUCACCCGCUGCUUUCAAGAACCUGGAGCAGAACGCGGAAGGCACUAUACGUCGAUUCCAACAUGCCUAUACAGAACAGCAGUUGUCUCUGAAGCAGAUCACGUCAGCCAAGAAUGUUCAAUCGGACGAACUAGACGCUGCGCAAACGAGAAAUGAGCAUUUGAAAAUGCAAUUACAGGAGAUGGCCGAGAGGGCGACGGAGCAGGAGAGAAUGAUUGCACGCCUACGAGCAGAAUUAGCGGCACAACGAUCGUCCCUAGACACUUUUACGUCUCGGCAGCAAAGUGUCAGGAUGGUGUCAGAUGACGGUCCAAGUGAGGCCGAAUCCACACCCAGGUCAAGGUACCGAAGACAACGGUCUUCCGAUGUCUCGACUUCUGGUGAGUCGGAGCUGGGAUCCGACGUCAGUUCCGUUGUAAGUGUAUUUUCGGAGCCACUAUCGCCGGCCUCGUCAAAGACAACGUCUGCUGCAAGUCCUGUGUCGAAAGUUUCUAUGAUGAGUGCGCGGGAAGAUUGCCCAAAUUGUCAUGGCAUGCACACGAGCGAGGCAUGGGAUGUUAUAAACGUGAUGAGGGCAGAGUCGACAGCAUUGAAGCAGCGAGUUGCCCAGUUGGAGAGCGCUCAAGACGAUGCACUUGAUUUCCUGAGCGGGUUGAAACUGGCGUGA